AUGGACGUGGAAACUGUGAAAAAUGAGGUUUGUGAUCGGGGAGAAUGUCCGUGCUCAUGGUCUAAUAGUAUUCAUUCAAAUAGAGCGACAGCUGCUUUACUCGCUCCUGUCUGUUACAUUCCCUCCCACCCCGAGGUACUCCGCUAUUUGAUCUAGAUACAUAAGUCAGAAGUCUUUUUCGUGUCUCCACCCAAAUACAAAGGCUCUGCCGUGUACGAACCAUUGCUUUCUCCGUUCCUUUCGGACGCCCCUUUCCAAUGGCAGCGAUGAGAGAAGGGCGGUCUCCGAAGCGACCGGUUCCACCCGCUGAUUCCGCGCGGAAGGCCAGCCUUCUGCGGCGGUCCACUGCCGCUUCUCCCUCGCCGCUCUCCCUCUCCUAGAAUCCAUACCAGUGAUAAUUGAUAAACGACGCAGUGAAGCUGGAUGAUUUGCCGCUUGUCGUUCAUCACAACAUUGUUGGCAAGACAUACGACCCGCCGUCUUCGCUUUUUUCGAUCCAACACCUUUCACACUGUUCCACUGAUACGCGAUUUUGCAGAUGACCUGUUGUUCGUCGAAUUCGUCUCUCUCGGACUUCACGACACUGCCGAGAUGCCCCAAUCGUGUGGGGUCCAUAACAGUCAUUCUCGGGCCUAUGUUUAGCGGCAAAACGUCGGUCGUUUCGCAGGAAACAUCAGUCUAGUUUCCUCUUUUAGCACCGAGCUACUCCGUCUCCAUGACCGUCAGAUAAUUGCAAAACGAACGUGUGUUCUUGUAAAGUAUGCCGGAGACACUCGAUACGACGCCGAUCUUGUAGCCACUCACAGCAAGUGAGCAACCCAGUUUGCCUUCAAAAUACAAAACUAGUUUCAGAAUGACGGGGCAGGGACGCACAGUGAAGGCUCAUCGUUUGGCUGAGGUUCACUCGCAGAUCUUCAGUGACGAUGUGCAGGUCGUUUCUAUCGAUGAAGGACAGUUUGUGAGCAGACUGCUGAAUGCGAAAAGACAUAAAAAAGUUGGUUUCAGUUCGAUGACCUGGCGGAUACGUGUGAAGAGCUGGCUCAACGCGGAAAGGUCGUUUGCGUGGCCGCAUUGAACGGCACAUUCGAGCGAAAGGUUCGGCUCCUGACACGCUCGAGAAAGAAUCGCCACGAUGUUUCAGCCGUUCCCGCAAAUCUCACUGCUCCUACCGUACGCUAACGAAAUCAAACAAGUGACCGCCGUUUGUGUCGAGUGCGGAGCUCAAGCAAACUUCUCUUUCCGAAGCACUCUCGAUAAGAAAGUCGAGGUGAUCGGAGGAUCGGACACUUACACCGCCCUCUGCAGAGAGUGCUACGUCCAGAAAAGCGAAGAAAAGGACGCUGAGGAGAAGCUCAGCACGUUCUGUGACAAGGUGAUUUUAAGUUUUGUUCUGUUCCCAUAAAAACGCUUUUUUUGCAGAACGAGAACGUCAUAUCGGGAUUAGUCCUCGCUUCGAAAGAAACGCGCUCCGAUGGAUCAGUCUCUCCGCCGCGGAAGAAGAUCGGAUUGAGCAAGUCGAUGGCUAUCGAAGCACCCGUUCGAGUCUAA